CAUCAACGCUCUCUUCUCCCUUCUUCCCCACCCUCCAUCCUCCUCCUCCUCCUCUCCGUCCCUUUUUUUUUCUCAUUCGCUUAUCUCGUGUACAAAAGUUCCUCCCAGUCUAUCCGUCCAUUCCCACAAGAUCACUUACUUCUGAACCAAUGGCUGACUACCAGGGCCUCCCUCAACACGACCAGGAAGAGGUCGGACAUGCCUACGACCAGCCCCAGAAGGGUGCCUUCCUCCGCAAGAAGAGCACACUGCUCCUCGCCACUGCCGCUAUUGCUCUCCUCGCCACCUCGGCCUACUUCUUGGGCGCGUCCAACGAGCUCUCGCCCAACAAGGUCCACUAUGAGGAUAUCGGUCUCUCCGGUAGACAUUACGCCCAGGGCCUCACCAAGUGCAAGGCCAUCAAGAGAGAGAACAAGCACCAGUACCCCGCUCCCGAGACCAGGACCCUGAACCCUCGUUUCGUCAAUGGCACAACCCCUACGCUGUUCAAGAAUGGAUAUAUCUUUGAUGGUGUGUCUGAAUCAUUCAGGGGCGAUCUUCUCGUCGACAAUGGUCUGAUUGUCAAGCUCGGCGGCAAGAUUGAAGCACCCAGGGACGCAGUCGUCGUUGACCUCAAGGGUCACAUCCUCACUCCCGGUAUCGUUGAUAUGCACAGUCAUCUCGGCGUCGAUUCCUGGCCUGCAUUGGAUGGGACUAGCGAUACAAACGAAAUGACCCAGCCUCUGACACCCUUCGUCCGCUCAAUCGAUGGAUUCAACCCAAGCGACCCUGCUCGCGAAUGGGUCUUGUCCGGAGGUGUGACUACCUCGCUCAUCCUUCCUGGAUCCGGCAACAUCAUGGGCGGAGAGGCCUACACUGUUAAGCUGCGCAAGGUUGACACCCUCAGCACGGACGACAUGCUGGUUGAGGCUGGUGUCGAUGACAAAUGGCGUUAUAUGAAGAUGGCCUGCGGAGAAAACCCCAAGAGAUUCUACGGUGGUUACCUCCAUCAGAUGCCGUCCACCCGUCUUGGUGAGGGCUGGCUCCUCCGUGACCAAUUUGCCAAGGCCACAGAGCUCAGACGCGCUCAGGAUGACUGGUGCCAUGCUGCUGAGGAACUGCCCCGCUUUGGUCGCCAUCGCCUCCAGACCCCCUUCCCUGAGGACCUUCAGUAUGAAAGUUUGGUUGGCAUUCUCAGAGACGAUGUCAAGCUCAACAUCCACUGCUACGAGACCCAUGAUCUGGAGGCCAUGGUCCGUCACUCAAAUGAGUACAGGUUCAAGAUUUCAGCCUUCCACCACGGACUCGAUGCCUAUCGCGUUCCCGAAAUCCUCAAGCGUGCCUACAAGGUUGUUCCCACCGUCGCCACCUUUGCCAGCAAGUUUGGUUAUAAGAAGGAAGCCUUCCAGAGCUCAGUCAACGCCCCCAAGAUCCUGGCAGACGCUGGUAUCUCGGUCGCCAUGAAGAGUGACCACCCCGUCCUGAACUCUCAGCAUCUCGUCUACGAGGCUGCCCAGGCUCACCACUACGGCCUCUCUGAAACCUUGGCUCUGGCCUCCGUCACCUCGGUCCCAGCCAAGGCCUUGGGCCUCGAUCACCGUAUCGGGAAGAUUGCUGUGGGUAUGGAUGCCGAUCUCGUCAUUUGGGAGAAGCACCCUCUAUCCCUUGGCGCCCAUCCUCUUCAGGUCUACAUUGACGGUAUUGCGCAAAUCAAGGAUGUGGAUGCCUCAAAGUGGGAGGAGCAAGGCGAGCCUCAAAAGUUCCAGGAGUUCCCCGACCUGGCUGUUCCAAAGGAUAAGAAUGCUUGUACUGAUAAGGCAGAUUCUGGAGUCUUUACUGGAAUCAAGAAGAUCCUUUUGAACGGCAACGAGGAAUUCAGCGGUGAAGGCGAUUUGCAGGUUGUUAUUGAGAACGGGGAGGUCGUCUGUACAGGUUACUGCGGCCACGAAGUUGCUGCCAUGACCAAGAAGGGCGGCCCUAUCUAUGAUCUCGGCGGAGAGGGUGUUGUUUUGCCCUCGUUGCUCUCUGUUGGAGCCCCUAACCUCGGCUUGCAAGAGAUUGCUGCCGAACCAUCGACUGGAGAUGGUCGCCACAACCUGAACCCCGAUGUCGUCUAUGCUGCCGAUGGACUUAAGUUUGGUGGGCUACAUAUGGACGAGGCCUACAAGGCCGGCAUCCUCACCGCUGUCACUGCCCCUGUGUCUCAACAUGUUGUCCAGGGUGUCAGUGUUGCAUUCCUUACUGGCGCCGAGAAUGCUUUCUCUCCCAAGGACGCUAUCAUCAGGGAGAAGGUCGCACUUCACGUCAAGAUUGGAGAUGAAAUCAAGUCGACUCUCUUCCCUACUGUUUCGUCCCAGAUCGCAUUCCUUCGCACCGCUUUGAAGGAAGGAAUUUCUGAUUUGUUCCACGCCGACAAUGAGUUUGCGCUCGCUGCUCGCGGUAAAAUUCCUUUGGUGAUUGAGGUCGAUAACCGGGACGAGAUUGUGCGCAUCAUUCAGCUCAAGAAGCAGCUUGAGCGUGAUGGCGCUAAGAUCAAGAUCUCGCUCCUAAGCGCCGUCGAGGCAUGGACUGUUGCUGAGCACUUGGCUGAGGCUGACAUUGGAGUUAUCUUGCGUCCGUACCUCUGCACCCCCGUCCAGUGGACUGCCCAGCGGUGCUUGCCUGGCGCCCCACUCUCUCAAGAGACUGGUCUUUCUGUUUUGUACAAGGCCGGUGUUAAGGUCGGUUUGGCUGCCCAUGAGCCCGAGGAUGUUCGCCAGCUGUCCUGGAUCGCUGGUUGGGCUCGCUCUGACCUUGGUAUCUCUGAGAAGGAGGCUGUCGGUCUCGUCAGCUGGAACUUGGCGGAGAUUGUCGGUCUUCAUACUAACCCCUCUGGCUUGGUGAUCUACAACGGCAACCCCUUCGAGUUUGGUGCCAAGGUCUCGGUCAUUGUCGGUGGUGGAAAGUCUGGCAUCCACUGCAACCCUCGCGCUUUCUAAACGUGCAGUGAGCUCAUUGCACGCAGUUGUAUAUCAUUUAAUCAUAAAAAGGAAUAAAGCAAGCGAGUACUUUCUAAAAUAA